AUGAAACAGCAGAUGACUGAAUUUACGGAAACCGAUCCGAUUGAUCAGAUAGGAAAAUUAAUGGCAUAUUUCUACACCUCCACUCCACAGUCACAUCGUAUUAAAACUCUGAGUGGUUUCUCAUUUUCUGACGACACGCAGCCCAACUUCCCAUUUCUGAAGAAACUCACUAAAAUUUUGAGAAAAGGUACUUAGUUCGUGACCGCGAUGAUGUGGUCAGAUCUAACAGAGGUGUGUGUAAACAGUAAAUAAUUUAGUGCUCAGGUGUUCGUUCUUUACGAAGACAAAGAAUUAGAAGAAGAAGAAGAAGAAGAAGAAGAGGAGGAAAGGUGAGCGUAGUCAGAAAACAGCGGCAGCAGCACAGACGUCUCGCUGUGGGAACCAUGUUUGGUUUCACAGAUGUAAUGCUUAUUCACUGUUCAUCUACCACAGGGAUCUCUCUGUCAGCCGCGUUGCAUGCUGGGACACCUUCAGGACGAUACACGGCUUAACAAUAAGGUCAACUUCCUCAAUUGACUGUGGAGAGAUGUUGCCCUCUCAUUUCCUGUUCAGCUGCGGAGAACAGAGGCCUGAGAUGGAGCGCGAUGAGGUCGUACCUGUCCGUGACGUCACCGUGAUGAGCGCAGAAUCAGAGCGCAGAUAA